ACUCGACCCGGAGAUGAGGCUGCUGCGACUAUUGCACUUGAGUGGGCGCCAGGCGAUCCUCGGGUCCGCAGAGGCUGCGCUCUGGGGUUUGAAGUCAAUAAAAGGAAGCUGCAACAAUUUUUGCACUGCUAUUUGUAAAGAUGUCACUUAUAUGGAACUUAAAAACCUCUUGAAGUCCAAAAAAAUUAUGUUAAUUGAUGUUAGAGAACCAUGGGAAAUUCUUGAGUAUGGAAAAAUCCCCGGGUCUGUCAAUAUACCAUUGGAUAACGUAGAUGAAGCUCUACAGAUGAACCCAAAAGACUUCAAAGAGAAGUACAAUGAAGUAAAGCCAUCCAAAUCUGACAGUCUAGUGUUUUCUUGUUUAGCCGGAGUGAGAAGCAAGAAGGCUAUGGACACAGCAAUAUCUCUGGGCUUUAACAGUGCUCAACACUAUGCUGGAGGAUGGAAGGAAUGGGCAACCUAUGAAUUUUCGGAGAAGAAACAAGGAAAUUGAAUUUUGGAAUACAAGCUGGCCCUUUCCUUGUGUACGUGCAGCCUAGGAUAGUGGAAUAAGCAAAAGAAUCAAAAUGUAGCCCUGGAACCACUGGUUAAUGGGAAGGGGAUUUUGUGUAAGUCAAUUAUUUGUUGAAUCUUUUUCUCACCUAUAAAUUGGGAAUACCACUUCUCCCUGCCUACUUCCAAAGGCUAAUGAGGCUUGCUGUAAUGUAUGUGACUUGCCAUGGAAACAUAAGGGUUGGGAUUCUAAAAAUUAAUUUUUAAAUAGUUUAGUAUAGUUCAAUAGUAUUCCAAAAGACCUGGUUACUUGUAUUACCUAAUCAUAAUGUGUGACCACUUCUGUUAAUAUAGUGUCUAUACUCUUCAAAGAGGCUAUGAACUAGACCAGUCGAUUAAGAAGACUUCACCUUAAAACACCAAGAAUCUGGGGUGCAGAAAAGUAGGUGAAAUAUCAACAAUGAAAAUACAACAUUAGCAAUAUCCAAAGACUUAUGGCACUGUGACCAGCAUGGUAGUGAUAUAAUUUGCAGUUUAAAAAAGUAAUAUUAUCCAUGGGGAUAGUAAUCAGAACAGUGGUUGCUUCUGUUGAAGGAAGGAAAUUAACAGGAAAAUCAAGGAGGAAAAUUUCUAGGGUGAUGGAAGUGCUCUAUAUCUUGAUUGAGGUGUUGGUACAUAGGUAUAUACAUUUACCAAAACUCAUUGAACACUUUAAAACUAUACAUUACCUGUAAUUACAUCUCAAUUAAAAAUAAUGAAAAUUAAAAAAAGUUUA